GCACCUGAGCAGACACCUUCCUGCUUGCCUCCUGCAAGCGCAGACCUCCUCAUCACCUGGAGCCUUCUCUUUCUGAAGCAGUCAUGCCUGUGACAAACAGUGCCAAGGGUCUCCAGGGAGCUGUUGACCUCAAACUGGACCUCAGGUCCCCUCCUGAAAGCACCAAGACGCUGCAGAACAAGGAUUCCAGUUUCUCAGAUGGACAAGGGGCUCCAGUAUCUUCUGAGUCACUGGGCUACGACAAGACCAAGGGCAUAACAGGAUUCCAGACCCUGGUUCACCUGGUGAAAAGCAACAUAGGCACAGGGAUCCUGGGACUACCCCUGGCUGUGAAGAACGCAGGCAUCCUGAUGGGCCCGCUCAGUGUGCUGGCAAUUGGCUUCAUCGCCUGCCACUGUAUGCACAUCCUGGUCAGGUGUGCCCAGCGCUUCUGCCACAGGCUUAACAAGCCCUUUAUGGACUAUGGGGAUACAAUGAUGCACGGACUAGAAGCCAGCUCCAGUGUCUGGCUCCAGAACCAUGCCCGCUGGGGAAGGCAUAUUGUAAGCUUCUUCCUUAUAGUCACCCAGCUGGGCUUCUGCUGUGUAUACAUUGUGUUUCUGGCUGACAAUUUAAAACAGGUAGUGGAAGCAGUUAAUAGCACAACCAACAACUGCCACUACAAUGACACAGUGCUUCUGACACCCACCAUGGACUCUCGACUCUACAUGGUUGCCUUCACGCCCAUCCUGAUGCUGCUGGUCCUCAUCCAGAACCUCAGGAUCCUGACCGUCUUCUCCAUGUUGGCCAACGUCAGCAUGGUGGUGAGCCUGGUCAUCAUCACCCAGUACAUCACCCAGGGAAUUCCAGACCCCAACCAGUUACCUCUGGUAGCAAGUUGGAAGACCUACCCUCUCUUCUUCGGAACAGCUGUUUCUUCAUUUGAAAGUAUUGGCAUGAUUCUGCCGCUGGAGAACAAGAUGAAGGAUUCCCGCCGCUUCCCAGCCAUCCUGUCCUUGGGAAUGUCCAUUGUCACUGCCCUGUAUGUCUGCAUCGGGACUCUAGGCUACCUGCGGUUUGGAAGUGGCAUUAAGGCCAGCAUAACCCUUAACCUGCCCAACUGCUGGCUGUACCAGUCGGUCAAGCUCCUCUACAUCUUUGGCAUCAUGUGUACCUAUGCCCUGCUGUUUUACGUCCCUGCGAAAAUCAUCAUCCCCUUCGCCGUCUCCCAGGUGUCAAAGCGCUGGGCAGUGCCUGUGGACUUGUCCAUCCGCUUUGCCAUGGUCUGCCUGACAUGCAUCUUGGCCAUCCUCAUCCCCCGCCUGGACCUGGUCAUCUCCCUGGUGGGCUCCGUGAGCGGCAGUGCCCUCGCCCUCAUCAUCCCGCCCCUCCUGGAGAUCACCACCUACUACUCGGAGGGCAUGAGCCCCCUCACCAUCGCCAAGGACGCCCUGAUCAGCAUCCUGGGCUUCGUGGGCUUUGUGGUGGGGACGUAUGAGGCCCUGGAAAAUCUGAUCCAGUCAAAAGACCCUCACACCUUUUCCAACUCUACCGUUUUUAUUCAGUGAGAAUGGUCCUGCUCCUUACCCACCAGCACCUGACUUGUAAUGAUAUGGAUCUCUUUUAUAUGCAUUAUCUUUAUUUUGCUGUUUAACCUUUUGUCUGGGCCAAGUCACUGUGAAACAAGCAAGGACUCAUCUACAAGGUCUACAUGGUAAUUUCUUAAAAAUUUAUUUUUAUACCUUUUCUUUCCACCUCUAGCUUUCCACUGUGUUGAGCACUUUCCCUGAAGGACUCUUGAUUCUUUCAACUUUUUGGCAAUUCACAUGACGAAUUUCACACCUUGAGUAGGGCUAUGCAAGAAGAAGCCACCAGGGGGCACCCAAGUCUCAGCCUCUAGCAGAAAGAGGGACAACCUAAAGCUGACUCUUACUCCAAAAGGCAAAGGGUUUCCCUUUUUCCUGAUAUGUUCAAAGAGGAAAGACUAGGAGUAUGGACAUAAUCUGCAAUCCAGAAAAGUGUGCAUAACUCCAGUGUCAAGAAGGAUAGGACCAAGAGGUCCAAUGUGAGCUGUAACUCUCAGAAAAGAACCAUCAUAUUUAAGUCAAGGGCAAUAAACUUUCUAAACUACUGGAUAAAGUUUUGGCCCUGUUCAAAGAUCCCAAUAAUGGGUAGAGGGCAUGGAAUAGAUGCAGUAAUGCAGGCUGGCGGGUAGUGUACUGUAACAUCAUUUGGCAUUAUUUACCUCUGAAUUCUUGCAAAAAGCAUUCUUGACUACCGGUAGGUAUGCCAAGUAUAAAUCAAGGCUCUUUGUAGUGGAAUGCAAAAAUGGCCACAAAUUCCUCUUUACAAUGUGACUUUGCAGCUCCUCCCAUUAAGAGGUGAAAUCUAUUAUCUUUCCCCUUGAAUCUGGCCUUGGCCGGUGGGACAUUAGUAAAUGUGAUGCAAGCAGAGGUUUGGUGACGGCUUGUGCCACGGGACUUUCAUCUCUUGCUACGCUAUGGAGCUGAGAGCACCAGGUAGAGAAGCCUGAGCUAGCCUACUGGAGGAUGAGAGACCAUGUGGAGCAGAAAGAAAUCAUUCCACUUGAGCCCCGUCCCCCAGAUCAACUAGCCUGCUGACUUCCAGACACGUGAGUUAAGCCUUCCUAGACUAUAUCUAUUCCCAGUCAAGCUGACCCAGACCAUAAGAAUUGCCCAGAUGAUCCACAGAAUUGUGAGAAAUAAAUGUUUGUAGUUUUAAACCA